GCCAUCUCGCUUCACACUGGGGUUUUCCGCUCGUUUCUUUCUAUUUCAUCUCUAUUUUGCAUUCUGCCCCUUGCUCCGUCGCGAGGCCCCACUUUUUCUGUAACCAACCUCUUAGAGCCAAUCAAGAAGUAAAGAAGAGAAAAACGCCCGCCCGCUCCCAAUUUCCUUCGCUCCGCUGCUCACCAACCGCAGAGCCCGCUGAGCGUGAGCCGCUGUCGUCUCUAACCCAGCUUAGCCGAUCGGUUGGCGCCGCCGCCGCCGCCAGAUUCCAGAGGAGAAGAACAAGAAGCUGAGAGACUAGACAUGGACGUGAAUUUCGCCCCGCUCCGCGCCUGGGACGAUUUCUUCCCUGGCUCUGACCGCUUCGCCCGGCCGGACUUCAGGGACAUUUCCAAAUGGAACAACCGCGUGGUGAGCAACCUGCUCUAUUAUCAGACCAACUACCUGGUGGUGGCUGCCAUGAUGAUUUCCGUUGUGGGGUUCCUGAGCCCCUUCAACAUGAUCCUUGGAGGCAUUGUAGUGGUGCUCGUGUUCACAGGGUUCGUGUGGGCAGCCCACAACAAAGACAUCCUCCGCCGGAUGAAGAAGCAGUAUCCCACGACAUUUGUUAUGGUGGUCAUGUUGGCUAGCUACUUCCUCAUAUCCAUGUUCGGGGGAGUCAUGGUCUUUGUGUUUGGCAUCACUUUUCCUUUGUUGCUGAUGUUCAUCCAUGCGUCAUUGAGACUCCGGAGCCUCAAGAACAAACUGGAGAAUAAAAUGGAGGGAAUAGGCUUGAAGAGGACACCGAUGGGCAUUGUCCUAGAUGCCCUAGAACAGCAGGAAGAAAAUGUCUCCAAAAUCGCUGACUAUAUCAGCAAAGUGAAGGAGUAAAUAUGGCUGACCUGCUGAUAGGGCUGCGGUGGACAUCAAGUUGCAGUUUGCCCUUAUCCAGACCUACUUCCCGUUUGUGUUCUCGAACUAGGAGGCUCCUGUACCAUCCACCUAUCUGUGGCAGCAUGCAUGUAUAGGCCCAACUGUUAACAUCUCCGAUGUUCCAGAGAGAAGCCCUCAGAACCCACAAGGAAACUGCCCUCCUAUUAUGCCUGAAGUUUCAAGUGUGUUUAUGCAAACUGAUAGGAAAUGGAUCACACUUACUUCUGUAGAGAAAUAAAAGAAAAAGAAUUUUGCAUUGUACAGCAACAGUACUGUUAGCUUGUAGGGAAAAAACUAAUUGUAAGGCAAUCAAGGCAAUAUAAGUAAAUGAAAAAAAACAACAACAACUGUUAAAGUAGAUGUCACACAUUAGCCUGUUUUAAUCCUGCCCCCACCCCCCCACCCCAGCGUCCUCCUCCAAAAAUAUUCCCUGGGACUAUAAUAUGUGCAGUCUAAACUAAUUUAGCUUUUAAUUACUUUUCUUUUAAAAUCAAAGAUGAUCUGUAUCACUUUGCCGCCUGUUUGACAUGCAGUGGAAACUGGAUAAACCAGUUGUUUUUAUUUUGUUUACAAGUAUAAAGAUAGCUGUUUAGGAGACUAUUUUGUCAAAUUUUUGUAAAUUUUUGAAAUGCUAGUAAUGCCUUUUCACUAGCAGGUAUUUUGUUGCAACCUAAAUAUCACCUUCUUUAAGGUUAUAGCUACAUAACCUAUAUUAUUCUUGACGGUCUUGUCAAAAAAAACAACAACAAAAAAAUAAAACUUGAGUUCUGUUUGUAUUGCACAUUUUUUGUUGUUUUGACAAAAAGGUGUCCAAGAUAAUGUUUCCUAUAUAUUUUUUUCACUGUUUAGUUUUUAACUGGAACAUUUAGAAAGAAGGAAAUCAAUGUACACUGUUUUGAUUUCUUAGGGGCACAAAGAGAACAAUAAUGGUUGGUCUUUUGAAAUCUGAAAGGCAUCUGUAGGUGACCAAGCAAAGACUUAUGAAAAUGGGAGUCAUCAGUGGCUUUCGCAAUUCAUAAAAAUUUUAGAUAGCAAUGGUUACAACCGUAUGUUUUUAUAGAUAAGGCAUUAGAAUCAAGAUAGCAUGAGUGUGUAUAUCCUGUUACUUUCUUCCUUUUAUUUCUCCUGUAUUUAGAAAUAGAUGAUACAAAAUGUUUUGCUUGCCAAUUGAGUGAUUUCAUAGAUGAACAGAAAACAUUUGGGUUUCCCUAACACUGAAUUAUGAAGACAACUGGAGCAGUACUUACUGAAGAGACUCUCUGUACGUCCUAAAAUAAGAAACAACAGCAUAUGUUCCUCCUGCUUUGUCUUGCAUUUUAAUUUCUCAGCCAACCUGCAGCCUUCCUAUCUAGUACAGCGACAGCACUGUGACUUCAUAGACAUGGUGUAGAGUUUGUACCGUCACCCAAAUAUGGAGAAUAAAAUUUAUCAAAGAUUUUUA